AUGUCCUCAUUUCCAUACAUGCGCCUCGAUCUCUCCACCUACGCCAUUCGCCUCCUCAUUCUUCGCAAAGGUGGCCAUUUCGAUCCCAUUCGAUGCAAUCUGGUUCAGGCAAUCCUGGACAACGAGUAUCUGAUACCCUACAAGGCUCUGUCGUACACGUGGGGCGAUGCUUCCGACCGCGUUGAGAUCAAAGUUGACGAUAGGACGUUUGGUAUCACAAGAAAUCUUUAUGAUGCACUGGAUCAUCUACGAAGCGAGACGACAGAUACAUUCCUCUGGGUCGACGCUGUAUGCAUGGACCAGGAUCAUCACCAGGAGCGCAAUCACCAGGUCGGCCAGAUGAAGCUCAUCUACGAAAAUGCCGACGAUGUUAUCAUUUGGCUAGGACUCGGCAGCCAUGAGACCGAUACCCUCUUCGAGGUGAUACAACGGCUCGACAACGAAAGUACCGAAAUACCUCGUUGGGCAGCGAUAGAGACUUGGAACGCCCGGUGGUCGGCUCUCUUGCACGGAAGCGGCGGCAUUCCGACUCAGCAACUUCGCAUACUGCGAGAUGCACUCCGAGAAGUUCUCGCGAGGAAGUGGUUCGAAAGGAUAUGGGUCAUCCAGGAAGCCUACAGCGCCAAAACGGCCACAAUUGUCUGA